AUGAAGUUUUGUGCCAACAUCACUGGCGAGGACUUUAUAGAGCUCUUUAUUCAUAUCAGUGGCACCAUAUCAAAGCUGGUGAGAGUCUUUGUGCUCCACGUGUUCCAAGACAGCCUGUGCUUUAGGCCUGAUGACUCCAGGGUCAUUUGUGAUGCGAGAGUGUGGUAUGAGGUGAGGCAGGGAGACUUCUUCCACCACUUUCACAUGGAAGAUGUUUCAGAAGAGUUAAAGGAGAUUUAUUUAGAGCUGACAUCUGAGCAUUUGUUCGGAAUAGCAAGAAGCACUGGGAGGAAUGCCUCUACCUUGAAGCCCCAGUUGACCAACAAGUGGCAUCCCCACCUCACUGUGUCUGUGGAGCUGUCAUUGCCCACAGGUCGAACUCCUGUGGUGGUACUUGAUCCAUUUGAUGGGCCUCACUUGGGCGAUCAAGUGCUGGUUGAAACAAAUCUAAAUGGCAAAAUGAACUUCAGUGUAGAAACUGAUGUCUUGUCUAUUAAAGUUUGGUGUUUUUUUUUUUUUUUUUGAAAUCUUCCAAAGUCUGCUCAGGAUAUGCCUCAAGACAGAAACCUGGAGAACAUGGUGCAAGUGCUAGUAGAGAGUAGGAAGCUUCUGCAGUUUUUCGAGGGACAGCAAAUAAAUCCUGUAACAGUCUUAUGCAAUGUUUUGAGCAAUACUCUUCUUCAUCUUGUUUUAGUUCGUGAAGAUGUCUCUCUUCAGUGUUUCAUUCCUGCCUCAUAA